AUGCGCUUUCUGGCCCGCUGCUGCCUCUCAGCAAUUGUCCUCAUCCUUUACCCUAGCGCCGCUCUGUGCUGCACUCCCGAGGAAUAUCCCUGGACCAUCCGCGGAGUGCGGGGCUGCUGCCGCAAUUGUCCUGCAGGACAUUACUUGGUAAGUCGGUGUGUAAAUUUCAAUGAAGAUCCAGUCUGUGCAGAGUGCCCAACAGGAAAGUAUACCAGCAGAUGGAAUGCACACAGUUCUUGUGCUUCAUGCAAAAUAUGUUCUGAAGGUGCCAAAUAUAAAAAGAAGUGUGAAAAAAAUUCGGAUGCUGAAUGCUCAUGCGGCAAAGGCAAACAAUUAAUAAAAGAGUCCAAUUCCUGUGAGCCAUGUCCAUCAAGAUCUUAUUCCGAUGAAGAAGGUAUUAAUCCCUGCAAGCCCUGGACCCGUUGUAAAGAAAUUGGACAGCAUUUAAUUAAAAAUGGUUCAAGUACAGAGGAUGUAGAAUGUGGUGUGCCCAUCGUUACUCCAAAGACCACCACAACUCAAGGAAGAAGCUUCGUUAACCCCACGACUGUGCCCAGGACAACAAUACCCAGUGGCUCAACCAAACCAAGUCCUUCAGUAACUACAGCAAGCCAGCCAGCCAUGGCUGUCGAAGUUAAAUUUUAUAUUGGUGUCAUCGUUGUGGCAGCUCUGAUUUUUCUCAUUGUCCUAAUUAAAAGGAGAAAAAUGUACCUGGAGGUGAAAAAACAAGAUUUCUACUGGUGUCUUGCAAUGAAAAAAGAUAUGAAGGGUCCGGUGCAGGAAGUAUCCGAGGAUAUCACAUCAGUGCAAGUAUAAAACUGACCCCAGCAUCUUUUACAGAUUUGAAGUUGACAGCUCACUGAACUGAAGAUCAAACCAGUUCAGUGGUUAUAUGGACAGCGUCAACGUUUCAAACUAAAGAAAUGAAGGAAAGGCUAUGUACAUUGUAGCUUGGGAGAAUCUUACCCAAGAUUGAAGACAUUCUACAUGCUCAGGGAUGUUUUCUAUAAAACUGCAUACAUUGUAAAGACUCAGAAACUUGUCACUGGAUAUCUUGCUUCGGACAAAACUGUGCAAGCUUGAAAUCCCAAGUGAGUGUGCUGUCAUGCUGACAUACAAGGAAAUUGG